ACAGUUUGUGAGUUUCGUUUCCAGCAAAGCGAAGAGAAAGCUGUAAAAUGAAACCGUUGCUGGGAACUGUUUCUGUGGCGUUGAUGUUUACAGUGGGGUGAAGUACAUCAAACGCUCGACCCUCUGUUGGUUUAGUGACCGUCCUGAGACCCUGAAGAAGAGCAGAAGGCUGCACUGAUGUCUGCUGGGAUCUGGCAUUUCUUUUCUAGACUUACUCUGGAGAAUCACUUAUUUGGUGCUCUACUGGAUUGAGAACUGGUAACCGUGGAGGCCAUUUGAGUACAGUGAACUCAUCGUCACGUUCAAGAAACCAGUUUGAGAUGAUUUGAGCUUUGCGACAUGGUGCGUUAACCUGCCCGAGGCAGGUAUCAGAAGAUGGGUACACGGUUGUCAUUAAGAGAUGGACAUGGUCAGCAACAACACUCAGGGAUGAGAGGCCUCUCCAACUAUUGUCUAUCAUGCUGUGUGAACAGCUUGCUGCAGACUUUCUCUGCUACCUGGGAAAUGGCAGAACUGCUAGAAAGGUGGGAUGCAGCUGGUGCGAGAGGAGAUGCUCGUAAUGUCGCGCUGCAUCUAAAGACAGUUCUUGAGGCCAUGCGGGGUGACCUUCCUCAGCCCGCUCCACAUCGUGACUUCCUCCACUGUCUGGACCAAAACCGCUUUCGACUUAAUGUGCAGCAUGACGCAGAUGAGGUGUUCCUCUCGAUUCUCAACUUCAUUCACCAGCAGAUGGACAACAGAGUUCUGGCUGGGGAAAUUCAGGAUCUGUACAAGAUUUCAGUGGAGACACACCUGCAGUGUUUAAAGUGCAACUCCAUCCAAACCGAAACCAGCUACAUGCUCAGCCUGCCGCUUUAUGUAAAGGAGGAUGACAACUCUUUGGAGGGCUGCAUGAACUCCUUCUUUGAGCAUCAGGAGCUCAAGGGCAUAGACUCCUGCUUUUGUGCACACUGUGGAACUAAGAACCCAUCCAGACAGGGUGUCAAACUCCUCUCACUGCCUCGUAUCUUGUGCAUGAACCUGAAGCGAUUUCGGAACAGCCGCGGUUCCACCCACAAACUUGACUGCAGGGUUUCUUUCCCAGAAACCUUUGAUUUCUCCCAGAGUCUCCAACAUGUGUUCUCCGCAAAUUUUGCACAGAAUGAGUGCAGGUACACCUUGUACGCAGUGGUCGUGCACUCUGGUUAUGCAAUGUUUGGGCACUAUACUGCUUACGUCCGCCACAGGGAGAACAAGUGCUGGUACUAUGCAGAUGAUAGCCACGUACAGCGGACCUCCUGGGAAGAAGUGCAGAGAACAUAUGGAGGAAGACACAGUGGAACGGCGUACAUGUUAAUGUACAGAAGAGAUUCAGAAGAAUGGAGGCCACAGCCUGAACUUUCUGGCUGAGUGGAUGGGUGCAAAGAAAUCAGGGGACAUGGUGCAAUAAAAUAUGGAAUUAUUUGA